AUGUCUCGGGGGCGGGGGCCGCGGGCUGGAGAACGCCCGCCCAAGCAGCCGCGAGCCCGAGCGGCGCACGGCGCCUGCGCGCAGAGGCCGACCCGAGGGGCGGCUCCCGCCAAGUGGGCAGCCCGCGCCUGCGCAGCGAGCCCGGCGGGGCGUUGUGGGCAGCCCGGGCUCCCGAGCGGAAGGCGCGCGCCGGGCCUGCCGAGAGCGAGUGGAGGAAGCGCAGGAGCCAGAGCCACCUUGGCUGAGCACCCGCCUUCGGUGACCGCCGUGUCGCUGGCCGCCAUGGAGCUGCUGAAGGACGUGCACCUGGGCCUGGCCCCGCCGUGCCCCAGCCCUGCUCGCCUGGCCCUCCUCUCGGGCCACUACCUCUACUAUCACUACGGCUGCGACGGGCUGGACGACCGAGGGUGGGGCUGCGGCUACCGGACUCUGCAGACGCUGUGCUCGUGGCCAGAAGGCCAGUCCACGGGCGUGCCUGGGCUGGUAGCCGUGCAGGCAGCCCUGGAGGACAUGGGCGACAAGCCCCCCGGGUUUCAGGGCUCCCGGAGCUGGAUCGGCUGUGUGGAGGCCAGCCUGUGCCUCGCGUACUUCGGAGGGCCCCAGGGUCGUCUAUGUCAUGUGCCACGUGGAGCUGGGCUCAGGGGCGAGCUGGAGCGCCUGUACUCACACUUCGCAGGGGGCGGGGGCCCUGUGAUGGUGGGAGGGGAUGCAGAUGCUCGGGCCAAGGCCCUGCUGGGAGUCUGUGAGGGGCCAGACUCCCAUGCUUACGUCCUGAUACUCGACCCUCACUGUUGGGGCACUCCGAAAAACCCUAGUGAACUGCAGGCUGCUCAGUGGGUCGGCUGGCAAGAGGUAAGCACAGCCUUUGACCCCAACUCCUUCUACAACUUGUGCUUGACCAGUCGUAACUGAAAACCAGCAGCGUAUCCUGGACUGAAGGCAGCCCUCUGAACUGAGACUGACCACAUGGGCAGAGGCGUUCUGGCAGGAGGUCCUGCAAGCAUCAUUAAUAAAGGGGCAAGGUGGGCUGGAGAGAUGGCUUGGCGAUUAAGGUGCUUGCCUGCAAAGCCAAAGGACCCACAUAAAGCCUGAUGCAUAAGGUCAUGCAUGCGACUGGAGUUCAUUUGCAAUGCCUGGAGGCCCUGGUGUGCCCAUUCUUUCUAUUUGCCUCUCCAUCAAAUAAAAUAUUACACAAAAAACUUAAGGGGCAAGGCCAGCUCAUCCAGUGAUGAGGUGACUGGGAAAAAGCACACUGUACACCGAGUUAAGAGACACUUCUGAAGUGCUUUUACUGGCAGUGAGGGUAACGUUAACGUACAAAAACUCAGCUGAUGGGACAAGGCAGUCAUACACUGGGAUGACGGUAAGAGAAUGAAGGAAAGCAGAUGGCUCAAAAGAAAUCAACAUCAUCUGGGGCAUCCAGAUCCCGAUACUCCACAAUGGCUCUUGGGUCCCCACGAACCAUUCUGUGAGAUGAGAGAAGCGGGGUGAGAACUGAGGUCUGAAAUUAGAGGAGGGAAGGGAGAAUGGACACAGCACACCUCAGCUCACCUGUUUCGAGGUUUCCCAGGAUAACCUCCCUGGCCACGAAAGGCAUCGUAGUUCCCACGGCCAGCACCAUACGGGGCAUGCGGGUACGGAGGCCCUCCUGUGGGGACUGCAGGGCGGACAGCACCAGCUGUGAGGGAGACCCAG